AGCUCCGCCCCCUGCGUCUCUGGCCUCGCCAGCCUUGGGGGGGGAGGGGGGGCAUGGUUCCAUCAUGGCGUCAAUGCAGAAACGACUGCAGAAAGAACUGUUGGCUUUGCAAAAUGACCCACCUCCCGGGAUGACUUUAAAUGAAAAGAGUGUUCAAAAUUCAAUUACACAGUGGAUUGUAGACAUGGAAGGUGCACCAGGUACCUUAUAUGAAGGGGAAAAAUUUCAACUUCUAUUUAAGUUUAGUAGUCGAUAUCCUUUUGACUCUCCUCAGGUCAUGUUUACUGGUGAAAAUAUUCCUGUUCAUCCUCAUGUUUAUAGCAAUGGUCAUAUCUGUUUAUCCAUUCUAACAGAAGACUGGUCCCCAGCGCUCUCAGUCCAAUCAGUCUGUCUUAGCAUUAUUAGCAUGCUUUCCAGCUGCAAAGAAAAGAGACGACCACCAGAUAAUUCUUUUUAUGUUCGAACAUGUAACAAGAAUCCAAAGAAAACAAAAUGGUGGUAUCAUGAUGAUACUUGUUGAUGCCACUGUUCUCCUCCUCCUAGCAGAAGAUAGUCCUACUGAGAAACGAGCACUUUGAUCAUUCAGUCUUUGAACUUUAACCUUUGACUGGAAGUGACGUAUAGGCAAUGAAGACUACUUCCUUUUACUGCAUUUUUACUCGUGUGCAUUCUGGGCGCAUGUUGAUCGCUGGUUCAAUCCAGGCAACUGACAUGCUUUUAUUAGUCAUACAGUAUUAAUGCAGGUGUCAGGAAAUGUCAAAUAUAAUUCCAUUUUUUAUUUUUAUUUUUUUAAGCUUUUGGAAAAGUUCCAGGUCCUCAUGUAUUGUGCAAUAACAAUGACUUCCUUGGCGGUUCGGGGACGUUCAUUGCCGGCAAUGGACGUUGUAACAGGAAAAAUUCUCAUUAACUCCUGCCACCCCGUGAUUAAUGCAUGAUAGGGCCUAUGAAAUGAACUUACCUGUUAUAGUGGGAUUAUAAUAAAGUGAGGGAUCCAGCAUUACUUUGCAAAGUCACCCCAACUGUUUAUAUUUGGAUUCUAUGCACUGUGAUCCUGAGGGUAACAGCAUGAAUUAACAUGCAUCUUUAAAAGGACUGUAAAGAAAGAUCAUUGCGUAUUUAUUGAAUUGUUUAUAUCUGCUGUCAAAUUGUUUUGACAUGGAAGAUUUUCAAGUAACAUUGGCAGAAAGGUACAAUAUGUUAUCCCUAUGGUGAAAAUAAAUUCUUCGGUUGUAUAUAGUUCCUCAAUCUCUGAAGCAAAGGUAUGAGUAAUAUAGGGUAUGAAUGGUUUAAUCAAGGCUUUAUUUUGGAAGUAAGAAAACUGGCAGUGGUGAAUUAAACUGCUGCAGUCCAUAAUUUGGGCUUGUUGUUUGUACAUUAGCGAUUUUUCCGAGUAGACCCCACUCUGUUAACUUCCCGCUAGCCAUCAGCAUGAACCCUACUGCCUAAACACUAUUUCAUUUAUUUAUGUUUGGAAAACCCAUACACAUUUUUGUUUGCGAUUUUGUUUCUUUCGUUAUGUCUUAAGUCAAGUUUGAAUGUUACAAUACUUUAAUUGAAAAACUUUUGUCAAGUUUUUUCUUGUAAAUUUUCUUUACUUGUAAGUAUCAUCUUGUCCUUCAAUCCUGUACCCUAAAAUAAGAAAUACAUUUUUGACAGAGGCUUAAUGUUUUAACAAAAGAGUGUGGACAUUUUUAUUUUAAAAUGUAGGCAAAAGUACACUGUGGAAUGGUAUGUUUGCUUAUUUGUCUUACACACCAUGCAGUUAUUCCUGGAGGGAUUUGGUUUUUUUUUUCUUGUUUUUACUUUGCUUACAGCUAGAAAAAAAUUUCCUAUAGAAAAAAAUUGUUGAAAGGUCCAAUUCUCAGUACCAUGUAAGUUAAUGAUACUACAAGUAGGUUCUCUUUUUAAAAAGUGAUUACUGUAUUUUAUAAAUUACCUUUUCACAUAUGCAAAAUCUGUUUCUACUACAAUGUUAUUUUUACUAAUGCCUAUUGUUGCACUCUUUUUGACAUUUCCUGCAGUGAAUUUAUGAAUCAAUGUGGGCUUAAAAAUAAAAGCCAAAUUGGCUGAAAGGUUUGAAAUAUGUACCCCAGCUUAACCAUCCAAUCAAUAAUUGGCAAAGGAUAUUUUAAAAGUUGUUUUUAAUCUCUGUAUAGGUGACAUUUUGUAGCUUUGUACAUGUUAAUUAAGGGCAUAUAAUUUUACACUCUAAAGUAUAAUUGCUGAACUCAGGGGUGGGUAGACUUCAAAAAUAUGUCUGCUUUAGAAAUAACUUGAAAAAAAUGAAAACUAUGGCCAGCCACCAAAUUGUGGACACUGUUUCUACUGCUAGUUACACUUUUUAAAAUGAAAAACAUCUUGACUAGGCAUACCUAAGUCCUCACAGUAGUCUCUAUCGGUCUUAUUAGUUGGCCUGUUUGACCAAGACAGAAAAUGUUUUUUGGAAUGCUUUGAACUACCCUUAGUUUUAAACUGCUUUUUAAUAUGAGAAUCGCAGCUGUAAAUUAUGUAUUUUUCAUAUUUUACGUAACUGCUCUAGACUACUGAUUGACUUGAUCCUUUUCUGGAGUUGCGGAGGGUAGAUUUCUCUUCAUACUGCUGGUCCUCUUACUAAUAUCCUUUUAUUAAAAAAUGACCUGUGACAUUUAUUCACCAAAGGAAUUGACAUACCAGGUCAAAGAUUAACAAUGCUAUACGACAGAUUAAUAGGUCAUAUAUAGCCGCAGUUGAGUUUUUUAAUAUGAGUAACAGUAUUUUAACAUACCUCUCUCUCUACAUAGAGAUAUCAUAAAAUAAAGUGAAGAGGAGGAAAGUAAAGGAAAACUAAAUAAUUUUGGUACAUUUUAUGGUUUAACGAGAAGAAAUUAAGAUGAAAUACCCUAUAAUAGAGAAACACCAACCAUUCAAAGUUCGCAAUCAAGUAAGACCUUGUUCAUUACUCCCUUGAACUUAGGAAUCAUUGAAAACGCCUUUGCACUUAGAUUUAAUAAAUUUAUUUUAAAUGUAAGCCACACUAUUAAAAGACAUGAGAACUUGACCUGAGCCAUUGCUCUAGAUAGGACAAUUAGUGGCUUUGUAAUGAUGAAACAGUUAUUUCUCUGUACUGCGUUGUUGAAUGACAACCCGAAUGCCAAGGAAAUGUACAUAGGAACAUGUCCUCCCCUCUUGCCCGCGACCCCACCGCGGGGCGUGGCCUGCCACGGGGGCCUGCAGAAUCCGACUUGCUUCUUCUUCUCUAUUUAUUUAUUUAUUUAUUUUAAGGCCACUCUUCUCGAUUGCCAAAUUCUGUUAAGACAAUGAUACAUUCAAUUCCUUGUUCUGCAUGCUUAGAGCAGGAACUUGGUGUCCUUUCAAAAAAACUACGUUAAGUAGGCACCGCUGCCGUAGAUUUUAAAGAGAGAAAUGGUUUUCAGUUUUUUUUAAGAUGAAUUUAAAAAAAUAAACUUUAUGGAUGUUCUCUUAAGGAAUUUAAUAUUCACCUCAAAAGGACUUUCCUUGUAAUGUAUAAAUGCCUCCUUUUAGCUAGCAGGGAAAUAAAGCUGUUUUUAAUCCCCAGGGGGGAAAAAAUGCUAAAAAUAGCUUUUCUAUACAGUUCAUCUGGAGAAAGAUCUUAAUCCUUAUUGUUUUGACCAGGUAUACAGAUAUUUGGUAUAAAGUAACUAGAAUAGUUUAUUACUUUUUCCCUUCUGAAAUUUUAAAUAUAUGCAAAUAUAUAUAUAUAUAUAUAUAUCAUUAGAUUCCUGUGAUGGAUAAUAAUUUUUUCAGAUUCUAAAACAGGUAUCUAGUGACUGCUUGAUUGUUCCCAGAUUGAAUCAAAGAUGAAUUGACAAAUAAUGGAAAUGGGUAGUGAUAUGAAAAUGGUAUGUAACCACAUAUUGUUUCUGGUACUCGAGUCUUAUUUUUUAAAAAAGCCUAUUGUUUUUAAGAAUUGAGAUAUUUAAAACUUGUUAAAGCUUCUUCCGAAAAACAGAAGAGAAGAGGAGGUACUGUGUGUUCAAAAAUCUUUUUUAAAUAAAGAAUUCAGUGUCACUAGUCCUAAGCCUUUAUGGUUACUGCUGCUUACAUUUCUCGACCUCACUUUUCUUUAGUUUUUUUGUACGUAUUUUAGCUGAAUGCUUCAGAUUUAUAAUUGCGUAUAUAAGUUGGGGUUUUUUUAUAAAGAACUGAGGCUUAAGCAUAUGUUUCUCUUGGAGGAUUUAUUCUUAUGAAAACCAGAUGCUGUGCUAUUCUGUGUUUCGUUAACACCUUUGCAUAAGUGAAAUCUGUGAAGGAGUCUUUAUCUGAAUCUUCUUGCCAGUCAUUUUGUUGUGAGAGAGAGAGAGAGAGAGAGAGAGAGAGAGAGAGAGAGAGAGAGAGAGAGAGUGUGUGUGUGUGUGUGUGUGUUUCUAUCUCUUAUUUUUUUCUUCCUGCCUCACAAGUGUGCAGCGUAUCGUCUUAGGCAGUUUCUCUUUCUGACUUCUCUAAGUUUUUCUCGCUCUCCUUUUCUUCCUUCCCUCCCCCUUUCCCUUUUCUUGUGGUUAGGGAAUCCAGAGAUUAUUAAAAUUUCGACCUCUCAUCAGAAUUUUUUUUAAAAUAAAAAGACUCCUUCCUACAAAUAUUGGGUUGUCAGAAAAGUCAUGACGCAUUUUUGCAACGAAAAACAUAGAAAAAAUAUGUCAUGACUUUUCUGACAACCCAAUAAAAUACAUAGAACUUCUGAUACGUAAUUUCAAUUCCUCAGUAGAUGGCUAAGCUUGUUGAAUAAUUGACUAGGUAAAUGAGCCGUUAACUAUAAUUUAGCUCUUACAUUCUAAUAUUGAGGGAAUUUCGUUUACUUUUUGGAUGGUGACUUCCCAAAGACUAACUAUUGCCCAAUUGAAUUAAAUUACUUGUUUUGGUAAAAGUGUAUUUACAUUUAAGUUUCUAAGCCAUUUUGAGAUUUGGAACUCCUUUUAAAAAUAACAAUUUGUAGGAGACUUGCUUUCUCAGCAUAAAUCAUGCAUUCAUUUAAAUAUAGGCUUAUAUUUAUCAUUAGAGGCCCAUGGGAUCUAAACAUGUCCUUCAAACUAAGAUCUCUCUCCUUCAAGUGGAAGGAAUGCCAGAGUAGAAGCUGGCAUAUCCCAACAUACCUAAAGACACCAGUUUUGCAAGUCGAGUACAGUUGACUGGGAAAAGGAAAAACGUUCUUGUUCUGUUUCUUGGCACAUACAGUGUCAGCGUUUUGAGAAAAGUGUGCUCCUACCAUUCUAAGUUGUUUUCUCAAAGGCAAAAGCAUGCUCUCAAACUUACAGGGCUUUGGCUUGUUAGGUGUGAAGUCACUUGUGACAUUUCCUGGUAUGUGGAAAGAUGAAAUAAUCCUACCUCUCUAAUUUUAAAGCCUGAAGCAGGACAAGUCAAGAAUUUGGUCGAUUGUGUCAGAUAACCUUGAAAAUGCAAGGCUCUUCAUAUAGUUACCAGAUUGUUUACAUAAAUGCAAAUUGUCGGGAUUGAGGUAAAAAAAUUAUUUCAAUAGAUAAUUAGAUCCAUUAUCUAGUAGCCAAGAAUUAAGUGCAUGUUGAAGUGUAAAUGGAUUUGUUGUUUUUAGUUGGUACCAUUUUUCUCUCAAUAUUCAGAAAUACCGAUUGUGCAUUUUGUUAAUAGAAAUGGGAGUUUGUGCUUGAGGGUUUGAAUAGAGUGGAUGUAUAUAUUUUAUAAAUUCAAAGUUGUAAAAUAUGUAAAGCUACUGCUUUUUAAAUAGAAUAUAAAUGUUGAGACAGACAGAUCUAUGCUAUAUUUUUAAAUACAUGUAUCAAACUUUUGUUAGUUUAAUAUAAAUUACAUUGUGUGCUUUCUGGGAUUCAGUAACUUUUGAUAAUAAAGCAGUUGUCGAUUUUUUCUGUAGACUCGAAUACUAAACUGGGUAGCUAUUAAACCUCUUUGUAGUUCGUAAUAAUGGAAACAUUUAUAUACAAAGACUGAUCUAUAAAAGAUUAUGGAAAUAGUAACAUGUCCAUUUCUGAAAUGAGUGUGACAGAAGGAAGAUAGUCACUGAAGCUGCUUGUUCAUUUACGUAACAGAUCAUCCUAAGUAGUGUCGCCUGGUGUGUGUUAGCAGUUCUUCCUGCUUUAAUUAAAUAAGUCCUGAUUGCAGACUGAGCGUUUUCAGAAAAGAUGGAAAUGGAGACCCUUGCUUAGAGUUCCCAGGAGCCUGGUGUUGCAGACCUUCACCUUGUACGAUGAAUCAGGACACACUGUAGAGGAUGUCUGGAUGCUUUCCUGAGGAUGCAGACCAUCAAUACCGCCCUUAAGUGAGGGGUCUCCUGAAGCUGUGAGAAGAAGGAAAGAAGUAAACAGCAGAAGGGGACAUCGCCACAUCCCAGUUACUCGGCAGGAAGAAUUCAGUGUGCUCUGCCGAUACCCCGAGUUUUCUUUUCACAGGGGGUCUGCUUGCCCCCGGAGCAGGGUCUGCUUAUUCCUUAUUAGGGCAGCCAUUCUACCAUGAAACGGUCUUAUCUCAACACGCUGUUUCUGCAGCCCUAACCGGCUAGGCUAGUAGCUAGUUGGAUAAAUACAAGAUCCGUCUUCCUUUUCCUUUGUACUUGGAUGGCACACUCUCCCUUUAUUAUAAUUCUUAAAAUAAUUUCUACCUCUCAGCAGUUAUGACUUUUCUCCACUAGUUUAAGCUACUGUGGAUAAGUGAAGCCCUCCCUAUAACCCUGAGUACUUUUCGCCUUAAUAGAACACGUAGCAAAUUAAACAUGAACUGAAUUGAAGGGUCAGAUGACACAGCUAAGGGUUUUCUGUGCUUGGACAAUACAGUCCAAGGCCAUAGUCUGUCCUGUUGGGAUCAAUCAAUCUCUUCAAUUGCUUAUGAGAUUUCUUUUUAAUGUUUGCUUAAGGCAAAAUAUAUCCAUACAAGUACCUGUGUGUCCUUUCCAGUUCAGUGGAAUAUGAAAAUAUUUUACUAAGGAAAGUUGGAAUGAGAAACUAAGGUAGAGAAUAUCUUGUGUACUUGGCCUUCAACGACCUAACGUGGGUAGAUACGUAUCAUCAGGCAAGAGCCUAAUAUGGAUCGCUAUAUCCUACAGAAGAGGUAUCCAACCAAACAGAAUUUUUCAUCUCCACACUCAUCCCCAAAACCUGUUUCUCUUACUUGUCAUAAUGGCAUUUUACCCAACGUAGUUGUCCCAGCAAAGACUCGAACACUAUUGACUAGUCUUCUCUGACAUCAUUAAGCCCUGUGGAGCCUGUCUUGAAAACAUCUCUGCCAUGUCUCCGUUUUCUCCGGCCCUCUCGCCGCUAGGGCCUUUCAUCCUUGGUCCUGGAGCUCUGAGGCUGCUCUUCUGUCCACACACCGUGUUCCGUAAAUAGUAGCAAAGCCAGAGUACCUCUGUUGUGCUGAUGCUCUUCGCUGAUCCAAGAAUGUCCUGUCUGCUUUUCUACCUGAAAGGUCCAGUUAAGUGUAGUUAUGAAGCCUUUCCUCGUCGUCCUUCCCUUUCCACCCCAUCAGUCCUCCAUCCUCAACUCGCUAACAAUAAAUAGUAAUGUCCCAAUUGCGUUUGUGUCCCCAGCACAGCACGUAGUCCUAUCAUAGAAGCUUUUAAUAAAUGUUUGUUGAAUUAACUUGA